ACGACUUCCCCAGAUCUCCUUUUCUCUUUCUUUUCACAUCUCCUGCUCUCCUGUGAAUUGGUUCUUCCGAGUAUAGAUACCCAGAAGCUCACCAUAUACCACCAUGGGUUCAACAUCUCAGUUUCCCCGCAUCAAGGAGAUCCGCUCCUUCAUUAUUGAUGGUGUCGGCUCCGGCGGCGAUUACCACAAUGUCAAGGGAGGCCACUGGCUCAUAGACAGCAACAUCGCGACCCCCAUGACCAAGUGGGCGCAGUACCGCGGCUCGCGCACUUCCUGGGGCAUCAACGUGCUGGGAUCGUUCUGCGUGGAGAUCGAGGCUACCGAUGGCACAAAGGGCUUUGCGACCGGCUUCGGCGGUCCUCCUGCUUGCUGGCUGGUCCACCAACACUUCGAGCGCUUCUUGCUCGGCGCAGACCCCCGCGACACCAACAACCUGUUCGAGAAGAUGUACCGCGCCUCGAUGUUCUAUGGCCGCAAGGGUCUGCCCGUCGCCGUGAUCUCGGUCAUUGACUUGGCCAUCUGGGACCUCCUGGGUAAGAUUCGCAACGAGCCCGUUUACAAGCUCAUCGGCGGUGCAACUCGGGAGCGAUUGGACUUCUACUGCACUGGCCCUCAGCCCGCGUCCGCCAAGUCCAUGGGCUUCAUCGGAGCCAAGGUGGCUCUGCCUUACGGUCCUGACGAGGGCACCGAGGGUCUGUUGAAGAACAUUGAAUACCUGCGUCUGCAGCGGGCCAGCGUUGGACCGGACUUCCCUCUGCGCGUCGAUUGCUACAUGUCCCUCACCGUUCCCUACACCAUCGAACUGGUCAAGCGCUGCGAGGCCAUCGGCUUGAACAUUGACUGGUGGGAGGAGUGCCUUUCGCCCGAUGACUUCGACGGCCACGCCCUGCUGAAGCGCGCUCACCCGACCGUCAAGUUCACCACCGGUGAACACGAGUUCUCCCGGUACGGUUUCCGCAAGCUCGUCGAGGGCCGUAACAUCGACAUCAUCCAGCCCGAUGUUAUGUGGGUUGGCGGUAUGACCGAGCUCCUCAAGGUCUCCGCUCUCGCUGCCGCCUACGAUAUCCCCGUCGUGCCUCACGCCUCCGGUCCUUACUCCUACCACUUCGUCGUCUCCCAGAGCAACAGCCCCUUCCAAGAAUACCUGGCCAACUCGCCCGAUGGCAAGUCGGUCCAGCCCGUGUUCGGCAACCUGUUCCUGAACGAGCCCAUCCCUACCCAGGGAUACCUCGAUGUCUCGAUUUUGGACAAGCCCGGAUUCGGGCUGGAGCUCAACCCGGCUGCUGCGCUGAUCCCGGCUUCUGCUCUUCUCACCCCCGCACCCCAGAAGAGCCUGCGUGCUCCUGAGGGACCGGCCAAUGGCUCGACUGCUUAAAGUGUUUGGAUUCAAAGGCGUUAUAUACAUUGCUCCCAUCAUUUCCUGCCCAUCGUUUGACUUGGCGAAUUG